AUGUUUGAUGUUAUUCAGAUUGAGCUGGUGAACACACUAAAAUAUUUCUCUCUUUCACAAAAGUAUGGCGGUUACAGUGGUCAGAUGCCAGGAAUACAACUGAGAAUGGGACAGCCAGUGCCAGGAGCAGUACCAAAUAUGUCUCAAGGAGCAUACUCUGGAUAUUCUGCAUAUUCUGGUACUUAUUCUGCUGCUGCUGACCCUAUGUGGACUUUCUUCGCUGCUAUUGCUGGACAGGAUGGUGAAGUGGAUGCAGAGGAGCUACAGAGAUGCUUAACACAGUCUGGAAUCAGUGGAAACUAUUCUCCAUUCAGUUUGGAAACCUGCAGAAUUAUGAUCUCCAUGAUGGAUAGAGAUUAUACAGGAAAAAUGGGAUUUAAUGAAUUCAAAGAACUCUGGGCAGCUCUUAAUGCUUGGAAGCAAAAUUUCAUGAUGAUUGAUCAAGACCGAAGUGGAACUGUGGAUCUUCAUGAACUGAGUCAGGUCAUUACAGCUAUGGGUUACAGAUUAAGCCCUCAAACGCUGACUGCUAUUGUAAAACGUUAUAGCAAGAACGGCAGAAUCUUUUUUGAUGACUAUGUGGCUUGCUGUGUGAAACUACGGGCAUUGACAGAUUUUUUCAGGAGACGAGACAACAUGCAACAGGGAUACGUGAAUUUUGUAUAUGAUGAUUUUUUGCAGUGUGCCAUGGCAAUCUGAGCAGUAGGCUGCUGAAGGAUAUAGACUCCGACCUGUGAAGUCUUCUGUUGAGAAGAAAUUAACUGAACCUGCUGUGAAUUUAAUCUGUAGCAGGCUUGCCCCAUCUUUCUGCCUAUUAAGACAUCCUCUUUGAAUAAAUGUUUUGAUUUUCGUGCACAGUUGGGAGCAAUAAAGACUUUUUUCAUUUUUAGUUAUUUUUCAGAAGCAUACUCUUUAUAUCUUACAUGCAUAAUUCCAGACAAGUAUCCUAUUAUGCACAAACUUUUUGCUUGUAACUGUUGCAAGCACAGAUCAUUUUUAUAUGUAUUCAGACUGCAUACAUGAGUAGAAUAACAGACAUCCUGGUUCUUAAUCUAAUAUAGUAUUUCAUGUGACCAUCAAAGUGGUGACAUACUCAGAGGAAUUUUAGCUGCUUGGAGAUGCUAGUUCAAUUUUCCACUAAAAACACAACUUGUAACAAGUCUAGGGAGCUUUUGCCUAAUAACUUGUUUCAGUAGAUUUUGAGAUAGUCUGUUACAACUUGCUCUUCUAAGGAUUUAUUUGUGGAUUUGAUUAUACGUUUUCAGUAAAAGUUGAGACCCUCUUUGCUAAUCAGCAUGCAGACAGCAAAAACAACAUCAACAAAAAAUCUUUAAGGGACUAUUGUGAGUCUUCAUAGAGUUCAUUUUUCUUUCAGUUUGAAAGCUUUCAAGCUCUCAGCUACUUCGUAAAAAUUGACUGCCGGUUGCCCCUCAAAUUAAUCAACCUGUUCCAUUUUGAUGUAAAAAAAAUCCCUUAAGAAAAUACAAAUGUCUGACUUAAAUCCUAUCUUGAGCAAUCCCUUGCUAGGAUUUUUCAGCAGUGCAUCUCUCAGAGAAGUAACCACAAUCAACCUGGUUUUGUUUUUUUUUUAGUCCCAAGUUUUGGAACAGACAGGUAGUGUAGGUUCUGAAUCCUUACAAGCCUAGCAGGGUUUAAAUUUGAAAUUAUGCUCAUGUCAAUGUUUGAAUUGGAGAUUUCCUGUAAUUAAUUGAGAUUGCUCUAUGGUUAGGAAUUUAUGGAAAUAUUUUUCUCAUGCCAAACAAGACACUUUUAAAGUCUUGUUGUUCUGUUGUGUGCAUCUGUAUGUAUACAUUUUGCCAAUGAGCUGUGUCGUAUGUAAUUCUGUGCUUCUUAUACCUAUCUCUAUAGUGUCACAAGUAUACUACUAAACAUAAUUUGAGAAUGAUUUUGCUGAAUAUUUUUGAUACUGAAAUGUAUUCCACCUUUUUGGAUCCUUGUUAAUUGUAUUUGCAUUAUAGUAACAUGGAAGUAAAUUUGCAGAUCUGUAGCCAACUAAUUAUUUGCAUAUCCUGCUGUUAAAGACUGAAAUAGUAAACAGUUUUUGUGCAGGUUUAGACCUAUUGCCAAUAUGUCUUCAUGUUGUAAAGAAAUGGAAUGAAUAUACUCAUUUGUGUACUAGUAUUUUUAUUUGGAAAAUUGCUAACUGUUUACAAGUCAUCUUUUGAUAUUUUUUUUAAAGAAACUAGCAUUCAAAUGGCUUGCCGUACAUUGUUGUACAAAAACCUGUUAAUUUACAGGAAAUGCUAAAAUUGAUGGAUGAUUCAUUUCAUCUAGGUUUAAAACAAUCUGCCAGAAUUUUUUUAUCAGGCUUUCCAAUUCCAUAUUUAAGUGGCAUCAAUCCUAGGGGCAGUUUUAAUUUAGUCCAUCUCACUUCUAUUCCAAAGAGUAUAGCCACACUUUGUUCAUUAAGACAAAAAUCCCAAGUGGGCAUAGCAUUUGCUACUUGGCUUUUUUUUUCUCAUGAAUAAUACAAUUUCAUCUACUACUCAUACAUAGUUCUACAGCAAGGAAAGCAACUUCUUCAUGGUGAUUUCAUGUAAUAACAGGGUCCAAUAUAUGCUCCUCUUUAAUAGUAGAAGUAAAACUUAUUGUUAUGAUCACUUGUAUGAUUUCACAGUGGAUUUUAUUUCAGUAUGUUAUCUUUGCCCUUAUUAAAGUAAAUUAUAAAAUAUUCAGACA